AUGUCCCUGGUACAAUACUCCGACUCCGAAUCGGAACCAGAUGCAGAAACUCUCUCCCCUCCAUCUAAGAAGCUUCACCUUGCGACCGGGGUCAGCUUGCCCCCACUCCCAGCAGCCUUCCACGACCUGUACGCGUCUGGCACGCGGGUCAGCGUAAAAGAUGACCCGAGCCUGCAUGGUGGUCGCAAGCGCGUCAUUCCCCAUGUGGAAGGCAACUGGCCGAGUCACCUCUACCUGGAAUCCAAGAACGAGCUAGCCCUCCUUGCAGAUCUCAUCGCCCAAGCUCAAGGCCAGUCCAAUGGACAGAGCGUACACAGUCUAUUACGCAGUGACCUGGGCGCUCAGCUCCCGCUCCACAUUAGUCUCUCGCGGCCCGUAGUCCUCCGCACCGAGCAGCGGAGCUCGUUCACAGAGCUUCUUCGAAAGUCCAUCCGCGAUUCACACAUCGCUCCAUUCUCCGUUCUCCCUGAUUCCCUUAAGUGGGUGUCCAACUACGAGAAGACUCGCUGGUUUCUCGUCCUGCAUGUUGCAAGGCCGCAAAACAAUGAGCUGAACAAUCUGCUCCAUUUGUCCAAUCGCACCCUUGCAAGCUUUGAUCAGCCACCGCUUUAUGCGCCCUUGCGUGAUCUUCGCCCCCAUGCGUCGAGUGCGCGUGACCGUCAGCAUCUCGACUACUCGGACUGUUUCCAUAUUUCGAUUGCAUGGAGCUUGGCCGAGCCUGCCGAGGAGGACGUGGGGCGGGUCGAGGCCAUCAAUUUGAAAGAUGUAAAGGGUCUUGAGGUGCGCUUCGAUAGUAUCAAGGCCAAAAUUGGCAAUCAUGUGGAGAGUAUAUCCCUUCCCAGCUCUGCUUGA